GUGAGACCGGGGAGGUGCUGUGAAUUCGCCGGUGCCGUGUAUGCACAGGUCAGUCUGUUUGGAGUGUUUUUGCAACCCGUUUAGUUGUGCUGUUUUUGCAGUGUCGUCCUUUUUACAGUGUCUGCCUAUUUCACCUUUGGUCCUUGUUGUUUGGCGCUCUCGGUGCGGUGACAAAUGUCUCGGGCUGCUUUUUGGCGAGCAGCGUUUAUAUGUGGCGGUGUGCGUGCCAGUGAAUUCAGGGUGCGGGACCUGGCUUUCUGGAUGGGCGCGGGAAUCAGCGGCGCGUGGACGAAAAGUUCACUGCGACUGCCGAGGAUAACAAGCGAGGGUGCCGGGGUGAUUUGUUUGCGGGGCGCGAGGGGCCUGCAAGCUUUUUGGAACGAGUGGACAGGGCACGUGGAGGGGGCCCAGACGAGGAAGGAACUGGAUUCCGAGUUGCGCCGGGGACGAGGACGUCAGGAAUGGAUCGAGGUUCCAGGUCGACAGUGGAGAAUGCAGGAGAAUGGAUCAAAGUUCCAGGAGAAUGGAUCAAAGUUCCAGGAGAAUGGAUCAAGAGUCAGGUGAAUGGAUCAAGGGACAGGUCAACAAACGAAGAGACAGGUCAACAAACGCAGACAGGUCAGCAAAAGAAGAGACAGGUCAACAAACGAAGACAGGUCAGCAAAAGAAGAGACAGGUC